UGUGUGAACACUGGCCGAUCUGCUCGGCAAGGCAAUAACUUUUUGUUUAUUUGUGAAAACUCGGAAAAUGAGUGGAAAACCGUCGAAAUCGAACAGUGCCUCGAGCAGCAUGCUCUACGGCUCCAGUAUCUCGGCGGAGUCCAUGAAAGUGAUCGCGGAGAGCAUCGGUGUGGGCUCCCUUUCGGAUGACGCCGCCAAAGAGCUGGCGGAGGAUGUGUCCAUCAAGCUGAAGAGGAUUGUCCAGGACGCUGCCAAGUUCAUGCACCACGCGAAGAGGCAGAAGCUCUCAGUGCGGGACAUCGACAUGGCCCUUAAGGUACGCAAUGUGGAGCCGCAGUAUGGCUUCGUUUCCAAGGACUUCAUACCCUUCCGCUUCGCGUCCGGUGGAGGUCGGGAGCUGCAUUUCACCGAGGACAAGGAGAUUGACCUGAGUGAGAUCACCUCCAGCAACUCUGUUAAGAUUCCCCUGGACCUCACCCUGCGUUCCCACUGGUUUGUGGUGGAGGGAGUCCAACCCACUGUACCAGAAAACCCACCGCCGCUCUCGAAGGAUUCUCAGUUCCUGGACUCCGUCAAUCCAGUUAUUAAACUCGAUCAAGGUCUCAACAAAGAUGCGGCCGGCAAACCAACCACCGGCAAGAUCCACAAGCUUAAGAACGUGGAGACCAUUCAUGUCAAGCAGCUGGCCACGCACGAGUUGUCCGUGGAGCAGCAGUUGUACUACAAAGAAAUCACGGAGGCCUGCGUGGGAUCGGACGAACCGCGCCGCGGUGAGGCGCUGCAGUCACUGGGCUCCGAUCCAGGCCUGCACGAAAUGCUGCCCCGCAUGUGUACCUUCAUCGCCGAGGGUGUUAAGGUCAAUGUAGUGCAAAACAAUUUGGCGCUGCUCAUUUACCUCAUGCGAAUGGUGCGAGCGUUGCUGGAUAACCCAUCGCUGUUUCUCGAGAAAUACCUACACGAACUGAUACCCUCGGUGAUGACAUGUAUUGUGUCAAAGCAGCUGUGCAUGCGCCCUGAACUGGACAAUCACUGGGCCCUCCGAGAUUUUGCCUCUCGCCUGAUGGCGCAGAUCUGCAAGAACUUCAACACCCUGACCAACAAUCUGCAAACCCGUGUCACCCGAAUCUUCAGUAAGGCCUUGCAGAACGAUAAGACCCACCUAUCCUCGCUGUACGGCUCUAUAGCAGGACUCUCAGAGCUGGGAGGCGAAGUCAUCAAAGUUUUUAUUAUACCCCGCUUAAAGUUCAUAUCGGAGCGAAUUGAACCUCACCUGCUCGGUACCUCUAUGAGCAACACAGACAAGACGGCCGCCGGUCACAUUCGCGCCAUGCUGCAGAAGUGCUGUCCCCCGAUUCUCAAGCAAAUGCGCUCUGCACCAGACACGGCGGAGGACUACAAGAACGACUUUGGCUUUCUGGGACCAUCGCUGUGUCAGGCGGUGGUCAAAGUAAGAAAUGCGCCCGCCAGCAGCAUUGUGACCCUGUCGUCGAGCACCAUCAACACGGCACCCAUCACGAGUGCAGCCCAAACGGCAACCACCAUCGGGCGCGUGUCCAUGCCCAGCACACAAAGACAGGGAAGCCCUGGGGUGGGGGUGUCGGCCCUGCCUCAGAUAAGAGCCAUCCAGGCCAAUCAGCCGCCGCAAAAGUUUGUGAUAGUCACCCAGAACUCGCCGCAGCCGGGCCAGACAAAGGUGGUGCGGCGGGGCAGCUCCCCGCACAGCGUAGUCCUCUCCGCAGCCUCCAACGGGGCCAAUGCCUCCAACUCGAACUCAAAUUCGAGCGCCAGCGGAAGCGGGAACGGCGGCAGCCUGCUUUCGGCCGCACAGCGGAGCAGCGAGAAUGUGUGUAGCACCCUAGAUGCCAACUCACUGAUCAUUGAGACGGAGAUCGUACGCGCACCACCCGAGCUGGACGAUCUCUCGCAUCUGGAGUAGCCAGCUUAGUUCGUAGUCUACAUAAUCAUUUUGUAUGCAAUAAAACAAAGGAAGUAGGAACCUA